UUCUUUCGUCUCCGUUCGGGGACUCGUUUCCUCUUCCACUCCCUUCCCCGCUUUCUGUAUCAUCUGUUUCGGUUGUCAGCCAGCGUUAAACGCGCACAGGUUUUAUCGUUCCCCGCGCUGUGCUUGCUACGCGGUGAUAUCGUUGUUUCGGUCGUAAUUGCUGUGGAUAAACCCUCUCACUACCACGCGACGACGCGCCAUCGUUAAUGGCCUGCAGUAGUAUGUGCUGGGCCGACUGCGCAGUGCUAGGCGCCUCGAGCCCUUCUCCGUGAUAUGUGCGGGCGGACAGCGGUUCGGAUCCGUUGACCCCUCGCGCGAAUAGGCGCCCCAUUCCUGUCUGCCACGCCAUGAGCCACCAAUUGUCCGGCGACAUCAUUAACCUGAACGUCGGGGGAAUCAGGUUUGCCACAUCCAGGCAGACGCUGACAUGGGUGCCCGACUCCUUUUUCACAAGCAUGCUGAGUGGACGGAUAUCAAGCCACCGGGAUGAGACUGGAGCUAUCUUCAUCGACCGGGACCCCAAGCUGUUCUCCGUCAUCCUGAACUUUAUGCGAACCAAGGACAUCGACCUGAGAGACCUGGACAUGAGUGUAUUGCGCCACGAGGCCGAAUUUUAUGGCAUCACACCCCUGGUGAAGCGGCUGAUCCUGUGCGAAGACCUGCACCAGUCCUCCUGUGGCGAUGUCCUCUUUCAUGGCUACCUGCCCAUGGCUGCAGUACCGCCGUACGAGGUUGCCACUGGCGGCCGCAACGGGGCACCCUCGGGUCUCCUGCCGACACCCGCCGGUGGAGCCGACCGUCGUCCCGAACAUGGGGCUCCACGGCCGCCCUUUGUUGUUGAUCCGUCGUGCCUGACGGGGCUACCCGGCGUCGUCGAUGCGCGGCCAGGCUCAGUGUUCCGCGUGAUGCCCGAGGCGGGCGGCUCCCGACCUCCCCCAGCCUCGUCAUGCGGCCACUCCCGCAACCCGUCGUUGGACGCCCGGCAGGCUGGACCGUCGGCGUCCAUGGCGCCUCCACCACCACCGCCGCAACUGUCACGCAGCUCGUCCGACCUGCGGCCAGGUGGCGUCCGGGGCCACUCGCGUGCAUCUUCCCUCGACCUGCGGCACUCACGCAACUCUUCGGCUGACUUCAGCCGCCGCAUCCGCGACGACAGCGGCUGGGCCAGUGUCGCACUGCCCCAGGGUGUGUCAGCAUGGCCGGACAAUCUCCGGGUCUGCAUGGUCAAGGGCCACCAGAACUGGAUCGCCGUAGCCUAUGCUCACUUUGUCAGCUGCUACAGGCUGAAGGAUUCGACCGGGUGGCAGCUGGCAUUCACCAGUCCCUACCUGGAGCCCGUGAUUGAGCGCAUCGCACUCAAUGCCAAAGUGGUGACGACGGCGUCGGCGCAGGCACCUGAGAGCGGGGCCAAGAUGCUGGCCGUUGCCUACGGGUCCCAGGUGCGACUGUGGAGCAUCGCCCAGGAAGGCAACGGAAGAGCUGAGAUUGGUGUGUUCCACCUGAGUGUUCCUGUGGAUAGCCUGUUCUUCAUUGGGAGCCAACUGGUUGCUCUGAGCCACUUGGGCAAAGUGGGCGUAUGGCAUGCCAUGACGCAGCACUGGCAGAUCCAGGAUGUGGUGCCAAUCACCAGUUUCGACACAGCGGGCUCAUGCAUCCUGCUUCUUGGCUGCAGCAAUGGCUCCAUCUACUACAUCGACAUGCAGAAGUUCCCGCUGCGCAUGAAAGACAAUGAUCUGCUGGUGACUGAGCUCUACCGGGACCCGUCAGCUGACCCAAUCACAGCCAUCAGUGUGUACCUCACCCCAAAGACCAGUCUAUGUGGCAACUGGAUCGAGAUUGCAUAUGGCACAAGCGCCGGCACGGUGCGGGUGAUUGUGCAGCACCCAGAGACAGUGGGCCAUGGUCCGCAGCUGUUCCAGACGUUCACCGUCCAUCGGAGCCCUGUCACCCGUGUCGUCCUCUCCGAGAAAUACCUAAUCUCUGUGUGCAGCGAGUACAGCCACGUGCGCACGUGGAGCGUGACCCGCUUCCGAGGCAUGAUCUCAACGCAGCCGGGGUCAACGCCGUUGGCUUCCUUCAAGGUCGUCUCCCUGGAAGACCUUGAGCCCUCAGCCAGCUACCCAGCUGGAAAUGACAGCGGGCCCUACGGCGAGCAGGAUGACGAACAGGUGUUCAUCCAGAAGGUGGUUCCCGAGACCGACCAGCUGUACGUGCGCUUCGCCUCCUCGGGCAAAAGGAUUUGCGUGAUCAAGUCUGUGGAUGGGACCACGGUGACAUCCUUCUGCGUGCAUGAGUGCGAGGGUUCCAACAGGAUGGGAUCCCGACCACGACGCUACAUUUUCACAGGUCACAGCAGUGGCGCCAUACAGAUGUGGGACCUGACCACGGCACUGGAUUUGGCAUCCAAAGGGGAGCCAACCUUCGUGCGUGACGGCGGCCCUAGCCACGGGGAACUGCUGCGUCUUUUGGAGCAGUGUGACCUGACCAACUCACGCUGCUCGACGCCUUGCAUCAGUCCGUCACCUUCGCUGCUCGGCGGCGCUGCCACGCUGGCACGCCUGCGGGCUGCCAACCUUGUGCUGCUCGGACAGCAACAAGCGCAACAGCAUGCUCAUGAUGAAUCUUCCGGACUUCCCGAGGACCGGAGGGUGACGCGGUGCUGACAGUGAACGGCACCGGCAGCCAGCAGACACACCGGUCACUUCUCACUGUGUUGGACGUGCUCCUUGUGGGUGUACAAUGCACCCCUCCCUCGAUGGAUGCCCGGCACACAGUUUUCCCUUUGACCGAAUGUCUUGGCAGCUGGUGUUGUUGCUCGUCAGGGCUGCAUGAGCAUCAUCGGACAGUGUGUUGCUUGUUACAAGUGCACUCAUCACUUUUAUGUUGCGCACUGUUUAACACAGAUCUGCCCAGUGGCAUCCUGAGAACACUCUUAUGUACCAUGUAGUGUCUAAAAUGCGACUCCUCGAUAGAUAAUAAUGCACAUGUGGCCUUUCCCGGUGUGUUUAGCCGUGAAUGCCUGAGCAGGUGCCGUUGUUGUGUGCUGAUGACAGUGCCCUGGUGACACGCUGUCACACCUUUCUUCCAUUGCCUCUCGUAUCCUGGUGACAAGUAAUCGCUCGUGGCGGUCGUGGUGUGACCUUGUAACUAGACAUGCUACUUAUGGGUGCAGUGCACACAUGGCAGAUCUUUUCAGGUUUGUGGUUGCAGGCAGCAGAUAAGAAAUGGCCACCAAGAAUGUCAGCCUACCCUAGUUUCUGCAAAGCCGUGUCGCUGUAAUAAUGCUGCAGUCUGAGCCUUGCUUGCUGUACACAAAAUGUUCUGCACCACUUAGGUCCUGAUAGUGAAGUGCCGACGUAUUGAGGUACGCAGGUGCAUAAUCAGCGUUGCCUGAAUUGUAUUGCAAAUGCGAAUUGUCAAGGAUUGCUGUUGCAAGCCUUCUUUUGUGAUUUCCGACACUGCUCAACAGGCCAUUUGCCCUUGUGCAGCUGGGGUGAAGUGCUAUCCAAGGAUGAGAGACGCCCCAAACCAUUGGCUGCCAGUGUCGCCGAAUUUUAUAAUGUGUUCUGUACCUUCUUUAUCGUCUGCCCACUGGCUGUUGUGUCACAAUACGUUCGCAUUCGCUGGUGUUUGCUUGUUGACAUAACUUGUGCAAUAGUGUUCUUCGAUGUCAUGGAAGCUGUACCGAUGCAUUGCCUCUGCAUUGAGAAAUUUGAAUAGCGUGUGCCCUCCCUCUUUCACUGCACCGCGGACGGGCUCGCAAGUUUUUUAUCGUGUGAGUUUCGUCUGCCUGAAGAACUGUUCCAAGUUUAAUGAUAUAAUGCUUCUUGCAUGGAAUAUUGCUGUCGACAUGGCUUGGUUCUUUUUCAGUCUUGCUUUGUUAGUGUGUCUGUUUUGAGAAGAGUAGCUUGGCCUGGCUUAAUAGGAGCAGCCAUGACAAUAAUUCAUGGACAGUGUCAUGGACUACAAUUCCUAUUUUGUUAUAGCCCUAACAUCUAUGUAAAAGAAAUGUGUUGUGCAAGCAGAGCUGCAUUGUCGAGAAUCCACCUAGAGCAGUGGAGGAUGUGUUUCCUUUGUACAUUGCUCUUGUUGUUUCUUGUGUCAUCCAUUACAAAUGCAUGAGAAGAUCCAGGUGCUUAACCUCCACUGUUGCAUAAGUGAUUUUAGUGUGACUGCAACAGUUAGCCUGCCAGUGUUCAUGUCGGAAAAAUGCACAACCUCGACCAGUCAUUUGAAGCUUAGUCAAGCCUUAAAUAUGCAACACUUGGUUAUGCUCGCAGUACUACAACUGAUGUGGCCAAAAAGCAUGAGCAGAGUGGAAAUGUUUGAUGGCCGCACUGGAGUUUGUUCCUUGUUUGUAUAGUCGGAGCAACGCCUCUGGUUGUAGUAGCCGGGCGAAAUGAUUACUGAAAUGACAUUUCUUUGCCCCAAUUUCGUAUUUAUUCACAUAAAUGCAAUAGCAGGUAUGGUUCAGCAAUUGUCACUUUGAUUAAAUGGAGGUGCUGAAGUGAGCCAUAAAUGUGUUAACUGAAUUCAGGGUUCGUAGCCAGUCCUUGGAAAUGCUUAAAUUUCAUGACAUUGCUUAAACUUUUUUUAAAUUUUGUUUUCUGCUAAGCUUACUAGGUUUCAUGUGACAACCUGGUAACAAAGUAGGUGCUAUACAAAAGCCGAGCCAAUCCAGUCCUGCUAGCAGCAGCUGUGCUCUGGUUGGUGGUGGUUCACUUGCUAAGCAUUACUGGUGUGCCUCCUUCAUUCACAUGCAGCUUAAAAGAAAGUUUGCUUUUUGUUGACAAUACUUUGUUUUCAAGCUGUCACUCGUAAGGUUAUUUUGAAUCACGUUUCUUCCAAACCUAUAGAUACUUAAAAUAUCCUUGAACCUUCUUUUAUUAAGGCUGCCAUGAACCCUGUCCAUCAAGCAUAUCAUGUGGGAAGGAUGGACAUGCAUCUUUACACCUUUAGAAGUACUUGGCACUGAUGAACACUGUGGAUCAUAAAUAUGUUGCUCUGUGUGUUGUUAAUCUUGCUUUAUGCUUAAGCACAAGGCCUUCAGGUGCUUUACAUGCAUAGCAUAGUGCUAAGUUUAACUUAUUUUUAUUGUAAAAGAUUAGUUAUCCACUGCCCGUAUUUUUGUCUCAAGUUAGGCAGUGAGCCCUUAAGAAAUGUUGUGAAAGUGAAAUAUGUUAAGAUGCGUUCAAAUAAAUGUGUUAUAGAUUUUUCA